GGAAUUGCUCGCCCUACGUUCAGAGCAGCCGGUCACAUGGGCCUGAAUUUUCAGUUCAGUUCAUUAGUCAGCCAUUUUGGUCAACACCCUGCUUACUGCGCACAACCAAUCCUAUUAGAACUGAGCAUCCCGGCUCCUGGGCAGAUCCUGGAAGUGAUUUCUGCAAUUCAGGAUUUUUAAAGCUAAAUAGAAAAUACUGGUUUAUUUUUUGUUCAUUUUUUUCUUUUAUGUUUUUUCUUUUUCUGCACAAAGAAGGAGGAUUUUUCACUUCCUCAUACACAGGCCAGUUUUUGUGUGUGUGUAUGUGUUUUUUUUUUUUAAGCCAGCUAGGGUGGCAUCGGCUGUGCAGUCUUUCAAGCCUCUGGCUCAGCUGAAAAAGAAGGGGGUGGGGAAGGGACGAUAGCAGGAGAGAAGCUAGAAGACAAGCAUCAUCUUAUUUUGCUUUGUGGUAGGAACUGUCUAUGAGAAAAGCUAGCAUAGAAUUGUUUAUCUUAACAGCUGGUUCUUAUACCAUAAGGUGUUUUUCCUUCUUGUUGUUGUUUUUUAACCUCCCUUCCGACCCCCCCCCCCCAGCCUUUUCUUGAGAGCUUUGUUGUAGAGCUUUAAAUUGGGGGUUUUUUGUUGAGGAGGGUUUAUUUAUUUUUGUGGGGUGUGUGUGUUUGUGUGUGUGUUGUGGUCCCAGCUGAGUCAUCAUGUCUGCUCUGACGCCUCCAACCGAUAUGCCAACCCCCACCACUGACAAGAUCACACAGGCUGCCAUGGAGACCAUCUACCUUUGCAAAUUCCGAGUGUCAAUGGACGGAGAAUGGCUCUGCCUGCGAGAGCUGGAUGACAUCUCACUUACACCUGACCCAGAGCCUACCCAUGAAGACUCUUGGGAGGAUUUGACAGAUUUGGUGGAGCAAAUGCGCGAUGAUACAGAAGAUCCUAAUUAUCUCAUGGCUAACGAACGCAUGAACCUCAUGAACAUGGCCAAGCUGAGUAUCAAAGGCUUGAUUGAAUCUGCUCUGAACCUGGGGAGAACACUGGACUCUGACUACGCCCCUCUUCAGCAGUUCUUUGUGGUGAUGGAGCACUGCCUGAAACACGGCUUGAAAGCUAAGAAAACUUUUCUCGGACAAAAUAAAUCCUUCUGGGGACCUCUUGAACUGGUAGAAAAGCUUGUUCCAGAAGCUGCAGAGAUAACAGCAAGUGUUAAAGAUCUUCCAGGACUUAAGACACCGGUAGGCAGAGGAAGAGCCUGGCUUCGUUUGGCCUUAAUGCAAAAGAAACUUUCAGAAUAUAUGAAAGCUUUGAUCAAUAAAAAGGAACUUCUCAGUGAAUUCUAUGAACCCAAUGCCCUCAUGAUGGAAGAAGAGGGAGCCAUAAUUGCUGGUCUGUUGGUGGGUCUCAAUGUCAUCGAUGCCAAUUUCUGUAUGAAAGGAGAAGAUUUGGACUCUCAGGUUGGAGUUAUAGAUUUUUCAAUGUAUCUCAAAGAUGGAAACAGCAGUAAAGGUAGUGAAGGAGAUGGCCAGAUUACUGCAAUUCUGGAUCAGAAGAACUAUGUAGAAGAACUCAACAGACAUCUGAAUGCUACUGUAAACAACCUUCAGGCAAAAGUGGAUGCAUUAGAAAAAUCCAACACUAAACUGACAGAGGAGCUUGCAGUUGCAAACAACAGGAUUAUUACCUUGCAAGAAGAAAUGGAACGCGUUAAAGAGGAAAGCUCCUACAUAAUGGAAUCCAAUCGGAAGGCUCCUAAACCAGACAGAACCUCCGAAGGGCAGGCACUGAGUGAAGCAAGAAAGCACUUAAAGGAGGAGACACAACUACGACUGGAUGUUGAAAAAGAACUGGAGAUCCAGAUCAGCAUGAGACAGGAGAUGGAGCUGGCGAUGAAGAUGCUGGAGAAGGAUGUCUGUGAGAAGCAGGACGCUCUGGUGUCUCUGCGGCAGCAGUUGGAUGACCUCAGGGCUCUGAAGCAUGAACUUGCCUUUAAGCUGCAGAGUUCAGACUUAGGAGUAAAACAGAAAAGUGAACUGAACAGUCGCUUGGAAGAGAAGACUAAUCAGAUGGCUGCUACCAUUAAACAACUCGAACAAAGAUUGCGCCAGGCUGAGCGAGACCGCCAGUCUGCUGAGUUGGACAACCGACUCUUCAAGCAGGACUUCGGAGACAAGAUCAACAGUCUACAGCUGGAAGUGGAGGAGCUCACCAGGCAGCGAAACCGGCUUGAGUUAGAAUUAAAGCAGGAAAGAGAAGGAAGAUCACAAAACAGCAGGAGCAUCCCAGGAAAGGGUUCCCAGAAGCCAGAAACCAAAACGGAUGGGAGGCGCAGAGCUCAAGAGGAAAAUGUGCAACCAGUAAAGCCCCUGGAAGAAAGCCACAGGCUGCAGUCUCACCCUGUGGAUGAGCAGGAUCAGCCGCUGCUCUCUGAAAAGUCCCAGAUGUGUCAGCUGUGCCGGGAAGAUUGCAGCCUAACAAAGCAUGUGUGUAAGAACUGCAGAGGUACCUUCUGUGAUGCCUGCUCAACAAACCAGCUGCCUCUUCCCUCAAGUAUCAAGCCUGAGCGAGUCUGCAAUCCCUGUCAUGAGCAUCUGAUGAAACAGUAUUCCACCAGCCCAUCGUAAGACUGGAGGCCAAGAUUUGGACCAAAAUGUCUCUACCCGUGUUAGCUGUCUCAGAUCCCCUAGAGCCAAGACUUUAGAGUCAACUCAAGAGUUGAUAGGAAUGAUUUAAAUAAACCAGGUCCAGGGAGAAAAGGCAGUGGCUGGUGAUGCUGCAAAUUUUGCUCGCUUUCUCUAACGACUUUAUGAAUAAAAGUUACUCAGUUGAGCCUCUCUCUGCUAAAUCUAAACGACCCCACUUUGAAGCUUUUAUUUCGUAGUAUGUCUUUGGAAGGGCUGUUCAUUUUUAUGAAUAGUCCUAAGACUGGGGUGGAUGUUACAGGAGAGAAGGUCCUUAGUAGAUAAGAAUAAAAAGGAAAGUGACCAUCCUUCUAUUACAUUUGCAGAUUAAGGGGGGAUGAUAAUUGGUAACUGAGAUUGAAAUGACAGAUGUUACAUAUUUUCCCAGGUGCUGCUUGACAUAAACAUUGUUUCCUCUUUACCCCCACUAACUACCUCUUCUUUAAAUAUCUACCAAACUGUGAACCCAAACUCAGGGAAAAGAAAUUACAGAGUAAUAUAAAUUCUGAAUGUACUUAAUAUUAUAAUAUAUUAUAAUUUCAGAACCAGAACUUUCUAGUUCUGGCCUACAAGUGUUUUCAUUAUCAGAAUAAGGAGGAGGAACAUUUGCGGUUUCUCCACUUGAUGACUUCAAAAGUCACCUGCCCUUUUCAGAACCUUCUACAGAACAAGCCAACUCUCUUCACUUGUCCUCCCCUCCUCUGAAUCAUCAUGGAAAUUAUAAGGGGUUUUAACAAAAGGUUUGGCUUCUGCACACAGGGAGUAUUGAAGCAAAACUAUGUCAGCUGUAAAGGAAAAAGAAAUGUAAUUUGUCCACAGCUGAGAAUAAUUCACUCGGAAUAUUUAUCAAAUUCUUUUGUGACUAAGAGCUCCCUUAAUCCAAGCUAAGAAUCAGAACUGAUAGGCAGGUGUCUUGGAAAGUAAGAUACUCAAGCAUCUCUUAGUAACAAACCCUGAGCGGGGGUGGGAGGUAGGAGAGUUCAUUCGGCUGGGGAAAGAAGAAAAUGGUACCUGCUCUUCUGAUUAUGUUACAUGUGUCUAGAUUGUUUGAUUCCAGUUAAGACCUAAGAAGAUAGAAUUCUGUAACUGGUUUAGAAUUAUGAGUGGAGACAUCCUGGAACUCUGUGGUUUUUGAUAAAUUCUCUAAAAGGGUUACAGUCCAGAAAAGACUUGUUAUUUCUGAAGUCUGACAUUACUUGGUGAGCUGAGUUUAAAGAGUUGUUACUUGGUGAAACUGAGUUUUAAGAGUCUACAGAAAAAUAAAAUCCUAAUAAUUCUCA